CGGUUCAUUAUUACGAAGUGUGACUAGGUCUUACUAGUAUAAAUGAUGUCUUCGUUCAAUUUUAAUGAUUUUUCAACUCAGUUGCAAGACAUUGCUCAAAAUGAUGCCGGUAUUGGUGUAUCUUUUGCGAAGAAAUCACUUAAACUUGAUACCGAAGAAGAUGCAUCAGAAAUAGUCAAAGCAAUACGAGCAUGCACAAAUCUGGAAUACUUAGACUUGGAAGGUAACACUUUGGGACCACUUGCUGCUAAAGCUGUGGCUCAAGCAUUGGAAGAAAAUGGCUCAUUAAUGAGACGUGCCCUUUGGAAAGAUAUGUUUACUGGUCGUGUAAAGUCAGAAAUACCAAAAGCACUUGAGUAUCUUGGUACUGCAUUAUGUACUGCUGGUACUCGUCUCUUUGAACUUGAUUUAAGUGACAAUGCUUUUGGCCCAAUUGGUAUUGAAGGAUUAGCUAAUUUUUUAACCUCUAGUUCUUGUUAUACACUUCGUGUGUUAAGAUUAAACAAUAAUGGUCUUGGAAUAUCAGGUGGACAAAUGUUAGCAAAAGCGUUAUUAAAUUGUUAUGAUAAUAGUUCUGAAACAGGAUCAUGUCCUUUAGCAUUAAAAGUAUUUGUUGCUGGAAGAAACAGACUGGAAAAUGAAGGUGCAAAGGCAUUAGCAUCUGUUUUUAAAAAAUUAACUACUUUAGAAGAAGUUGCUAUGCCUCAGAAUGGUAUAUAUCAUAAAGGCAUAAUAGCACUUGCUGAUGGAUUAUCUUUUAAUCCUGGAUUACGAAUUUUAAAUCUUAAUGAUAAUACAAUUGGGUUAAAAGGAGCUCAAGCAAUUGCUAAAGCAUUGCCAAAUUUCCAAAAUUUAGAACAACUUAAUCUUGGUGAUUGUUUAAUCAAAACACAAGGUAGUAUAAUUCUAGCAGAAGCAUUAGCAGUUGAAGGUAGUUACUCAUCGCUCACAGAACUUAAUUUAAGUUACAAUAGUAUUGGAACAAAAGGUGUAAAUCCCAUAGCUCUUGCUGUGGCUGAUAAGGAACAACUUGAAAUUCUCCAAUUAGAUGGAAAUAUUUUUGGUACAGCAGGUCGUGUUAUUUUACGCAAGUUGCUUACAGUUUCAAACAAAAUUGAGUCAUUAAGUACAUUAAAUGAUGAUGAAAGCGAUGAAGAUGAUUUUGAUGAAGGAAGUGAUGAGAAAGAAGAUGAUGAAAGUGAAAAUGAAGAUAAAGAAAAUACAGAUAACAGAAAUAGUUAUAAAUGGCAUACUGUUACAAAUGGCAAUAUAACACAGGUAAAAAUAUCAGUUGCAGAGUUUCUGAAGUCACCAGCAGGAGAAAAGUUGUUAUUAUUACAAGGUGAUGUGCAAGAUUUUGUAAAUCAUGCCAAAAAUGUAUCAAAAAAUGAUACAUCUCCAGAACUAAAAUUCAUUCAAGAGUUUACAAGAAUAAUUAUGAUAGUAUCAGCAUUUAGUACAAGUGGUUAUGCUGAUGUGAGAAUAAAAGCUCAGAAUCUUACAGAUGCUUUGUACUCAAAAUUAUGUACCUUUGCGAUAGAAAAUGAUCAGAUUUCUGUUUGGAAUAACGCCUUACUAGUCAAUUUAGGUUUAAUAAAAGCUGAAGAUAAAAACAGCGGAAAAAUUGAUUGGAAUUUAGAAGGAUGUUUUAAAGCAUUAGAAAUAAUUAGUCAAAAAGAUUAUUUUUUACAAGAAACACGAAAUACAUUAAAAUUCUUUUUGGAAAAGCCAAUAAGGGUGAACAAAUCAAAAGUUGUAGAUUCAUUUCAAAAUUCAAAAGAUUCUCUUAAAGCUGUUUUAGGUCGUAUACAAAGUACAUAA